GACCGGCUGGAAAGCGGCUCUGCGGAAAUGGAGCUUGGGGUCCUUGUGGAUAACAAACUGUCCCUGAGCCAGCAGCGUGCCUUGGGGGCCAAGGGAGCAUUAGAGAGAGCAUUGCCAGCAGGCCAGGGAGGUGAUGCUGCCCUUCUGCUCAGCACAUCUAGAGUGCUGUGUCCAGCUCUGUGUCCUCAGGACAAGAGAGACAUAAAACUCCAGGAGCGGGUCCAGUGGAGGGCAGCACGGAUCAUUAAGGGACCAGAGUAUCUCUCCUGUGAGGGAAGACUGAGGAAGCCAAGCCUGUUCAGCCUCAAGAGAAGACAGCUGACAGGGGACCUCAUUAAUGUGUACAAAUAUCUAAAGGUUUAUCAGGUCUUUGAAAAUGUGGCCAAGAAAUACGAUGUAAUGAAUGAUUCAAUGACUCUGGGAAUUCAUCGGGUGUGGAAGGAUAUCCUCAUGCAUAAAAUGAACCCUUGCCCAGGAACACUUCUCCUCGAUGUUGCUGGGGGAACAGGUGACAUUGCCUUUCGGUUCAUUAAUUAUGUUCGCUCUGUACGACAACGCCAGCUCCAGACGAAGCUCAGGCACCAUCAGAAUUUGUCAUGGCAGGAAAUUUUUGAGAGUUACCAGAAUGACAAAUUUAACAACUCGCUAGGGGAUUCCCAAGUGGUGGUCUGUGACAUCAACAGAGAAAUGUUAAAAGUUGGGAAGCAGAAAGCACAGCAUCUUGGCUACUCUGAAGGCUUGUCCUGGGUACUUGGGAAUGCUGAAGAGUUGCCCUUUGAUGAUGAUAAGUUUGAUGUUUACACAAUUGCCUUUGGAAUCCGAAAUGUAACUCGUAUUGAUCUGGCACUCCAAGAGGCCUAUCGUGUGCUGAAACCAGGAGGAAGAUUUCUCUGCCUGGAAUUCAGUCAUGUCAGCAACCCUCUUGUUUCCAGGCUCUAUGAUCUCUACAGUUUCCAGGUCAUCCCUGUUCUGGGUGAGGUUAUUGCUGGUGACUGGAGGUCUUACCAGUACCUUGUGGAGAGCAUCCGACAGUUCCCCCCUCAGGAGGAGCUGAAGGCAAUGAUAGAAGAUGCAGGCUUUUUCAGAGUGGAUUAUGAGAAUUUGAACUUUGGGAUUGUUGCCAUUCACUCAGGUUUCAAACUCUGAGUCUGGGUACCAAAACAGCAAAAGUAUCAUUUUCAUGAGGGAUAUGAAAGCUGUGGAAUUUUAACGGGAUCAAAAGGAGUCCUUAGAAGUUGUGCAGCCAAUCCUUGCUCAGCAGCUGGGCUCAGAAGAACACAAGGUACCUCUCCCCA